CAUCCCCACUUUGUAAGUGAGACACGUAGAGACAAAGCAAGGGAAAGGGAAAAAAGAGAUAGGGAGCAUUAAGAGAGAGAAAUAGAGAUGCGGAACGGCGGGUCACCGGUGACUGUCUCCAGACGCGUGCUCGCCUCACACCUACAGAACCGAAGUCGUCAAGUCUAGGGUUUUCCGGUGAAAAUUCGAGGGUUCAGAGGUGGUAGUGGCGAGUUCUGACAAAAUCGAGGGUUCCAAACCGUUCAAUCAUCCUUUAAUCUAUCCAAUCACAGAUUGAGGAGCUGAAGUAGAUCAUAAAAUCAAUUCAAGUUUGGUGUCAGUAAAUAUUCGUUUCUAUCACGUUUUGUAGAGUUUAAUAUUGGUUAUUGACAAUUGGUACUCAAUUUGAAGCUAGAAAUUAGGCCAUUUGACAUCUGAUAUUGGAGCAUGUUUGUUUGCUAAUGGUUUGUUAUGUCCUAUUUCACAAGCGAUGUUUGUUUAGGACUAAUUUAGAGUUUGAUGUUGGUUAUUAACCUUCGGGAUUCGAUGCUUCAAUUUCAAAUUUCAAAUAUGGACCUGAAAUUUGGCCAUCCGACAACUGAGAUUGGAGCAUGUUCGUUUGCUAAUGGUUUUAAGGUCUUAUGUAGAUUAAGAAAUAGAUGAUAUAGUAAGUCAUUAGGGUUUUGCUUGCUCAUCAACAAACACUCUUGACUUCAUACAUACUUUUAACAUACACGCACACACAACAUUUACCAGAAGGAAAGUUGAACAUGGUGAAAUCAUUCACUUAUUUCAUCCAAACAUACUACAUCAAAUCAUUUUUAUAGAAGUCACUCAUUUAGUGAGUGGUAGCUCCUUACAAAUUAAAAUCUGGUACUGAAUAGAUAUGCAUUGACUAUUACAGAGGUAUUGACUCUGCGGUUAGCAACAACGAUCCAGACAGAGCUUUGGAGUUACUUUACUUAUUGAAGCAGGUGCAAAAAGUAAUGGUGUGACGGUUGAAGCACUAGAGAAGGUGUUGGAUGAUCCAACUGUACUUAAGAUGGUCUAUCCAUCAACACUUCUUGCAAACAAGGAUGCUUCAAGACCCACAACACCGUCAACAACUGCAGGAUAUGCUAAUAAUAUGGAACUCAAUCACGAGACGCAUAAGUUUGGACAGGAAGAUGUUAUUGGCAACAUGCCUGAUAAUGUGAUAACUAAUAUCCUGGAUCGGUUGCCAUUACGUGAUGCGGUUAGGACUGAUAUCUUGUCGAAAAACUGGAGGUUUAAGUGGACUAUGCUUAGCCAACCCAUAUUUGAUGAGAGGUUCUUUGCGCAUUUAUCACAAACCGAAGACAAAAAUAAUCAUGUGAGAGUUAUAAGUAGGCUUCUUCUUCAUCUUAGAGGUACCAUUACAAAGUUUGUCCUCUCCAUAGACAAACACGGUUACACUGUAUUAAACGAUGAAGAUAUUAGUCACUGGAUUCUGUUCUUGUCUCGGAAAGGUAUUAAAGAUCUUACUAUUCAGAAGAGUGACCGGCCGUUACUUAAUUUGCCUAUCCAUCUUUUCUCAUGUUUAGAGUUGAAACAUUUGAAACUUUUUAACUGUUAUUUCAAUCCUCCACCUACUUUUCAUGGGUUUCCAAACUUAUUGAGCCUAGAGUUGUGUCUGGUAAAAUUCGAAAGCGGGAAAUUUGGGAAAUUUUUUACGCGGUCUCCCGUGCUUGAGAUUUUGGAUAUGAGCUUUCCUAAUUCUAAGAGUUUUGUGAAAAUGGCUGAGAUUGCCAAUCUUGCAAGUCUCAAAAUAUUAUCUUUGCUCUUGCGUAAUUUUGAUUAUACCCUAAGUUCGAGUACUAUCUUUGAGCUUCUCGGUUUUCUUCCAAAAAUUCAACAACUUCAUUUGGAUUUUCUAUGGUUUGAGUUAACAGAAGAUGCUGCUAAAAAGAGAUUCCCUACCAACUUUCCCUCUCUCAAGACUCUUAAACUUACAAGGAUAGAUUUAAGCGACGAAAUUAUGUUAUCAUUUGCUUUUGAACUGAUUGGAAGCUUCCAGAAUCUGGAGAUCCUUGAAAUCACAGCAAGAGAUUUGGUUGAUUCGCCGACACCUGAAAUCUGUUCUCUAGAGGUAGACUACAAUACAAUGGGGUUGUUGAAGCUACGAAGUGUUGUUUUUACAUAUUACAAAGGUUCAGAGAAUGAGUUAUGUUUGGUAAAGUAUUUACUUGCGUGUUCCCCUUUCUUAAAGAAGAUUGUUAUCCGUCCCUGCUCGUUUCUAGAGUCCGAUGAAAAGUUUAUGUUUGCUAGGAAGUUGUUGAAGCUCCAUCGAGCUUCCUCUGCAGUUGAUAUCGAUCUAUACUAGUUUUAGUUGUUUUGAACUUGUCUUUUAUUUUUCCCGCAUAUGAUUGUAUGAGUUUAUGGUCCCCUUUUCAUGAUGCUUUAAAUAGCGCAAGGAGGAUAAUGUGUUUAUUAUUUUGACAAUGAAACAUUCACUCUGGAACUCAUGAUUGUGUACA